AUGGCAAACAUGUCAGAUCCUCUUGUAAUAGGAGGGAUUAUCGGAGAUGUUGUCGAGUCUUUCUCUCCAAGUGUGAGAAUGAAUGUGACGUACAACAGCAACAAGCAAGUAUAUAAUGGGCACGAGCUCUUUCCUUCGAUAGUAUCCAUGAAACCUAUGGUUGAGGUUGAUGGAGGUGAUUUGAGAUCAUUUUUCACGCUGAUCCUGACAGACCCAGAUGUUCCUGGUCCCAGCGAUCCAUACCUGAGGGAGCACUUACACUGGAUAGUGACGGACAUCCCAGGAACAACAAAUGCAACAUUUGGAAGGGAGGUGGUGGACUAUGAAAUGCCAAGGCCAAACAUAGGGAUCCACAGGUUUGUGUUCCUCCUAUUCAAGCAGAAACGCAGAGAGACAAUCAAGAUCACUGUCCCACUUCCAAGGGACCUCUUCAACACUCGAAAGUUUGCAGAAGAGAAUGAACUUGGCCUUCCUGUGGCUGCACUCUUCUUCAAUGCCCAAAGGGAGACAGCUGCAAGAUCAAGACGUUGA